AUGCCGAAAAAGACGAACGAGAGAUUAGAACAGCUCAAAAUGGCACAUGAGACGCUGGAAAUGAUGAUCCAGCUGAUUAAAGACUUGGGCUUCGAGCCGCUUCUCGAAAUCUCCCAAUAUCAAGAAACUAACGCGAAGAAAGCAGCCAUCCAUCAUGGCGAGAAAUUGGUCGGUAUUUAUCAAGGUUAUGCCUCCAUGCUCGAGGAAAGAGAGAAGUACAAAACCAAAAUCGACUCAUUGGCGGCACAAAACGCCGAAAUACUUGGCGCUGCUGAGAAGAUUGCAUCGACCAAGGACCACUCCGGUCUGCAAGGGAAGAAGGCCUCCACCCGCAGAGCAAAGAGGAGAGGAGAUCUUUGGGAUAGGCCUAGAAAACGUCGUCGGCAGCCCAAGGUUGGAAAAGAGCAAAUAUCCAAAUCGCCUCUAUAA